UGGGUCCGCAGGGCGAAGGGGAACGUGUACCACCUGGCGUGCUUCGCCUGCUUCUCCUGCAAGAGACAGCUUUCUACUGGAGAGGAGUUCGCCUUGGUGGAGGAGAAGGUCCUCUGCAGGGUACAUUACGACUGCAUGUUGGACAACCUGAAAAGAGAAGUUGAAAAUGGUAAUGGGAUUAGUGUGGAAGGAGCAUUACUAACAGAACAAGAUGUUAAUCACCCAAAACCAGCAAAAAGAGCUCGGACCAGCUUCACAGCAGAUCAACUCCAGGUUAUGCAAGCACAGUUUGCUCAGGACAACAAUCCAGAUGCACAAACCCUUCAGAAACUGGCGGAAAGAACAGGCCUGAGCAGGCGCGUCAUACAGGUGUGGUUUCAAAAUUGCAGAGCACGCCAUAAGAAACAUGUUAGUCCUAAUCAUUCAUCUACUGCUCCUGUCACAGCAGUGCAGCCCUCCAGGCUGUCUCCACCCAUGUUAGAGGAAAUGGCAUACUCUGCAUAUGUACCCCAGGACGGGACCAUGUUAACAGCUCUGCACAGCUACAUGGAUGCUCAUUCACCUACAGCUCUGGGACUCCAGCCUUUGCUACCCCAUUCAAUGACACAACUGCCACUAAGUCACACCUAAUUCCUUUCUGUCAGGGAUAUAAGCUAUUAAGGAUGUAACCUUAAGUCAUUCAUUGUGUAUUAAAAAUAUCAUUGGAAAGAUAUUAAUGUUAACUUUUUAGUUAACAUCAAAAGCAUUUUCAAGACCAUUUUUUGCUGCCCAGGUAUGUAAGUAUAUUUAGCCUGCAAGACACUUUUAUGGAUUCUUCAUAAGUAACUAUUCCAUUGUUUACAAGCCUUAUUAAACACCUUUUUGUAUUGUCUGGAAGUAGUCCACUGUAGUUAUGUGUGUGUUAAUUUAUUUGUCAUCAAAAGAGCACUUUGCCUAAAAGAAAGGACUGACAAUUGUGCAAAAUGUUUACAACUCUUUGUGAAAUUGUAGCUUAUCAUUAGUUUGUAUCUGUAAGUUAUUGCUAAAAGUAUUACCUGUAUUUGAGUUGUAUACAGCUUAUAUGUUAAAGCUUAUUUCUGUGAGUUUACAAAAAUAAAUUUUGGUUGCAAAUAUUUUCAAAAUGAACUGAAUAAAGUUUCUGCUGUAGCAUGCCAAGCAAA